AUGCCCUGUUGCGCAACAUGUUGCCUUCUCCUCUCGGGAUUCGCGAUCGUCUUCUUGCUGGUCUUUGGAGCUCUCAUGGCCAACAAAGCGACGACUAUCGAAAUCGAGCACGACAAGAUGGACAACGGCUGUGUCGCUGCGUUCAUCUGCGCGGGGGCUUACACUGUGUUCUUUCUAAUUUCCGCUCUCUACCUCUAUCUCCACUCCAGUCGACAAGCACAGGCCGCCACCCCGGAGGCGGUGCCUCUACAGUCGAUGGCGGAAGCAGGCGGCACAGAAAACAGACGCGAGUUCGACACCGAUGCUGCACCUGCCUUUUCUUCGCAGACUUCUCAAAAGCUAGUUAAAGGCCGAAGCGCAUCGAGGACACUCGCAGAGGCUUAGUAGACUCACCCCGCGUGAAACAUAUCUUAACACAGAGUCAACAGGGAUUUGAAAACCCUGUGAUUGUAGCCCUCAGCCGCAUACAGUUUCAUCUGAGUCCCGUGAGAUGACUGGAGUUGUCUUCCUCGUGAUGUGAGCUUCUUUCUAGUACCUGUGGUGGCGCCAGAGACUUGCGGAAAUGUUUUUAUGGAAAAUCGAAAAGGAACUUCCGUAAACGCAUUCCCCCACGUAAAGGAUCUUAUGCGUAAACA